ACAACUUGUAAACAUCAUGGCUUUCAUGCGAGUCUUGUGCUUCGUCCUGUUGGUGGGUUUGGCCGCGGCAUGUCAACCACAAUGCCCCAAGUGUCCACCGAUGUGGACUUUCUACAUUGGCAACUGCUACCGUUAUUUCGGCACCGCCAAGACCUUCGCUGAAGCAGAGAAGCACUGCAAGGAGUUUACUGAAGUCGGUCAGGGUCACCUGGCGUCCAUAACCAGCGCAGAGGAGGAUAAUCUGCUCUACACUAUGUGGAUGUCGGUCCGUGGGACAACAGGGAGUGGCCUGUGGAUCGGCUUCACUGACGAGGCAGAGGAAGGGAACUUCAUCUGGACAGAUAGAUCAGCGGUCAGCUACACCGGAUGGCGCAGUGGCGAACCCAACAACGUUGGUAAGGAGCACUGUACCAACAUGCCGAACGGUUGGGAUGGCGAAUGGAAUGACACCAAAUGCGGCCAUGCGCACGCAUACAUGUGCAAGAUGACCACUGCAAAGUAAAUCGACCCCUCAGCGGACGACUACGGAGAUGCGUAGAAACAUGUUUGCUUAAAGCCGAAUAAACCCGAAGCCGAUGUCAUCAGUCAUAAUCAGUAAUCACCAAGCAGUCUUACCCAACGAACACUCACAGUAUGACCUCAAAACCUGAAGCCGAUGUCAUCUGUCAUAGGCCAAAUCACCCAGCAGACUUACCAAACGAACACUCACAGUAGCACUUCAAAACCGGAAGCCGAUGUCAUCAUCACCAAGUUUUACCGAAACAAACACUCACAUUAUCACUUCAAAAUUAAGUGGUUAAGUGAAAAUGAUAUCCAUAACCUACUUCGCAUCUUCGUGGCUUCUGCAUUUACAGACCUGCAUGCUUUCAAGUUUAACAUACAGUAGUUAGCCUUUGCUCGUUUUACCAAGUGUCCAGUUUAAUAGUGAAAGGAAUAUGGACGAAGGUCUCUAGCAUCAAUGAACUAAUCAGCCGGUAUACCUAAGCCGCACUACUCGACGCCAAAAACUAAGGAACAAACGAAAUGGAAUGUGUCUUGGAACUGCAACGCUCAAAAUAAACCUUUCAAUUCGAAAUCCGAUUCCUCAUGUUACAGACUCAAACAUAAAUUGCAAGUAUGACUUGACUGGACACCUUAUUUUAGUUUAAAUUCAUUUACUCUUGAAUUUUUGUUUACACAAAUUUCUUGAUAAUACUGACGUAUUGGUGGAGGUAUUUUGUUGGUAAAUUUUGCUGUCUAAGUACGGUUUAAAAAUUUGCUCAGAUUUCGAUGGACUAAUUAAAAGAACCGCGCACGCGUUAGUGACAAGAAAACAACCCCUGGUUCAUUUUUCACAAUACAAAAUUAACCAUAUAAAUUAAGCCCGGUUCAUACUUCACGCGAAUGCGAAAGCGAAGCGAAUUUGACGUCACGAGGCAUUUGACGUCACGGGUUGAGUUGAAAUAUGUUCAACU